AUGAUCAUAAAGAGGCAAUCUACAAGGGAUGUACAUGAGUAUCUCCAUACUGUGAUGAAUAGGUUUCAUGAUAAUCGUGAAACAUAUGAUACAGUUGCUAAGCUCUUGAAGGACGUGAGAUCUGCAAGAGUUCGUUAUACAUACUGUGAUGUCAUAUCAAAGGUGACUGAACUCUUUAAGGGACACAGAGACCUGAUUUUGGGUUUCAAUAAGUUCUUGCCGACCGGUCAUAAGAUAACCCUUCCGAAGGAUCAAACUCAGCGAAGGAAGCCUGAGUUUCGGGAUGCUAUUGAGUUUCUCAACAAGGUCAAGGCAAGGUUACAAGACGAGCGUGCAUUCAAGUCCUUCUUAGAGAUAUUGCGAACGUUCCAAGAAAAGAAGAAGAGUAUCACUGAGGUUUGUCAUGAGGUCUCUUUUGUCCUCCGAUGCCACCCCGACUUGUGUGCGGAUUUUACUGUUUUUCUCCCUGCUCGUUAUAAUACUAUAGAGGCGAUUGAGAGGGCUGCUGAAACAAAGCUGGGAUAA